CAGAAGGUCGUUUGGCUUUUCCUUUAAUUAUUUUUCCCCCUUUCUUCUUUGCUUUCUCUCUCACUCAUGGGCUGUGCUUUUCUUUGUCCCCCACAUAAUUUGGCUUUAAUCAUGUUGAGUGCCCAUGUGGGAAAUUGGGAAUCUUUGGUCCUUCCAGUUCAUUAAUAAAGCAGGAAAGAAAAAUAUCAGUAUCACCUCUAAUCACCUCUUUUUCUAUCUCUUAUUCUUCUUCUUCAAGACAUUCAGUUUAACUCUACAUCCUCCUUUCUUUUUCUUCUACUUUCGGAUUUAGUUUCUAAACAAUUUAAACAGGUACUAGCAAAGGCUCCAACAAUUUUCAGGUUCUAUCUUUUGGAUUCAAGGGUGUUUGUGCUUGAACUGAGUCCUUGAAAAAAGAUAUUGCAGCCAACAAAGCCUGAGCCUAACAAACAGGAAACAGCAGAAGGUCGCUUGGCUUUUCCUUUAAUUAUUUUUUUCCCCAUUCUUCUUUGCUUUCUCUUUCACUCACGGGCUGUGCUUUUCUUUGUCCCCCACAUAAUAUGGCUUUUACCAUGUUGAGUGCCCAUGUGGGAAUCUUUGGUCCUUCCGUUUUAUUUUAAAGCAGGAAAGAAAAAUAUCAGUAUCACCUCUUUUUCCAGUUUCUUCUAUUAUCUACAAAACUUCCCACUUCAACUGCAAGUAUGGCCGAACCUCUAGUUUCUGCUAUCUUGGAUCAGUUUGUUUCAAUUGCUGCUCGGGAGGCGGAACAAGAGAUAAGAUUGGUAGUUGGUGUUAAAAAAGAAGUCAAAAAGCUUGAACGCAAUCUCAAAACCAUCCAUGCAGUGCUUGAGGAUGCUGAGAAAAGACAACUGACAGAAACAGCUGUGAAGGUUUGGUUACAAAAGCUCAAAGACGUAUCCUACGAGAUGGAUAAUAUGCUGGACGAGUGGAACACUGCGUUGAUCCAAUCAGAAAUCGAGAAAGAAGAAGCAAAAUCUGAAAACUCCCUUACUGUAGAGAAGAAGGUACGCUCGCUCAUCCCCUCGUCUUCAUGUUGUUUCCGUCCAGUUAAAAAACUUUGUUUGCGUCACGAUAUUGCUCACAAAAUAAAAGAACUGAGUGGAAACUUAGAUGAGCUUCUUAAAGAGAGAGUCGGUUUCGGGUUUGAGUUGAAUAGGGAUACUGAAGUAGUUGCUCGACCAAAAACUACCUCCCUUGUUGAUGUGUCUAAAAUAUGUGGUCGUGAUGAGGAAAGGAAUGAGCUAGUGAACAAACUCUUGGGCAGGGGUUGCCAAGAAGAAAAGAGCCCCCAUGUCAUCUCCUUAAUAGGCAUGGGUGGUAUGGGAAAAACAACUCUUGCCCAACUAGCCUACAAUAAUGUUGAUGUGCAGGCCCAUUUUGAAAAACUAAUAUGGGUAUGUGUUUCUGAUCCUUUUGAUCAGAUUAGGGUUGCCAAAGCAAUCAUUGAAUCUAUUGUAGGUCAAUCCCUUGACAUUACUGAAUUGCAAAAUCUAGUAAAUAGAAUUUGUGAUUUGAUAAGGGGAAAGAAGUUUUUUCUUGUUUUAGAUGACGUGUGGUCUGAAAAACCCAAUGAUUGGGAGCCAUUCGAACUUGCACUCAAAUGUGGCGCUCAAGGUAGUAGAAUUUUGAUCACCACUCGUAAGGAGGGAGUUGCAAAGGUGGUAAAUAGUGCAUAUACCAUCAAUUUACAUGUAUUAUCUGAUGAAGACAGCUGGUUGAUAUGCAGUCAAAUGGCAUCUGUUGACAAAGACGAUGAGCAACUAGGAGAACUUGGUCGAGAACUAGCAAAAAAGUGUAAGGGCUUGCCACUAGCUACAAAGAUUCUAGGGAGUGUCAUGGGCAGGCAAAGAAGUAGGCAAAAAUGGAAGACUAUUUUGGACAGUAAUUUAUGGGAAUUAGAAGAUGUUCAAAAUGGUGUUUUAGGACCAUUAUUAUUUAGUUAUAAUGAAUUGCCGUCACCAACAAAACAAUGCUUCUUGUAUUGUGCUAACUUUCCAAAGGAUUAUCUCUUUUCUAGAAAUGAGUUGGUCUACCAAUGGAUGGCACAAGGAUAUUCUGGUUCAAAAUCUAAUAUGGAGGAUAUGGGAGAAAGGUAUUUUGAAAAAUUAGUUAUGCACUCCUUCUUCCAAGAUUUUGAGAAAGACAACAAUGAUGAUGAUAAGAUAAUAAGAUGCAAAAUGCAUGAUAUGGUGCAUGACUUUGCCUUAUCAAUGACAACAAAUGAAUGCUUCACAAUUGAUAUUGACAAAGUGUUGGAGAUAGAUUGGAAAAGUGCUUGCCAUUUGACAUUAGAAUUGAAUGAGGAAACACAAUUUCCAGUAUCUAUCUAUAAUGCAAAAAAUCUACGGACUCUUUUUCUACGAACUCCUCCUUAUCUUAGAAGAAUGGUCUUCCCAUCUGAUUUAUUCCAGCAUUUGACAUGCCUCCGGUCAUUGAAUCUGGAAGAAACUUACUUCAAGAAAGUUCCAAAUGAAGUGGAAAAAUUGAAACAUUUAAGAUUGCUUAAUUUAUCAAAUUGUUCUAAUAUUACAGAAUUACCUGAAACUUUGUGUAAUUUAUGUAAUUUACAAACUUUGGAUAUUAGUGGUUGUGGUGAAAUUAAGAAAUUACCCCAAGGAACGGGUAAACUAAUUAAAUUAAGACAUCUUAUUGGAAGUUAUUUGACCAAACCCUUUCCAAAAGGGAUUGGGAGAUUGAGUUCUCUUAGAACAUUAGAGAAAUUCAUAAUAGGUGGUAUAAACAAUAUUGGGGAAUGUAAACUUGGAGAGUUGAAGAAUCUAGUCCACCUUAAAGGGUCUCUUGAGAUAGGAGGCCUGGAAAACGUAACAGAUGUACAAGAGGCUGAAAAUGCACAACUAAAAAAUAAGAUACACCUCCGUAAGUUGAGAUUACAUUUUGGUGAGGAAGCUGAGAAUAGAAGAGGGGAGAAUGAUGAAUUAGUUCUUAAUGCGUUGGAGCCACAUCCAGAGUUGGAGAGUUUAUGGAUUUAUGGGUACGGGGGUACAGGGUAUCCUAAUUGGGUGAUGUCUUUGACCAUUUUGAAAAAGCUUGAGCUUCAUUGGUGGGAUAAUUUAGAGCAAUUGCCUCCUCUGGGGAAGCUGCGUUUCCUCGAAUCAUUAGUGAUAGAAGGUGCGAAAAGUAUGAAAAAGGUGGGUGUUGAAUUUUUGGGAAUAGAAUCCAAUAGGAAGAAGGAUGAGGAGAUGGGAUCAACAUCAACAUCAUCACUUAUCUUAUUCCCUAAUUUGAAAUCUCUCUUUUUUUAUAGAUUAGAAGAGUGGGAAGAAUGGGAUGGGAUGGGAGAAAGUGGUGUUUCAGAAUCAGUUUUAAUUAUGCCACGUCUUCAGGAUUUGUGUAUUGACUCAUGCCCAAAGCUAAACUCACUGCCCAACUUCCUCGAGAAAACUUCGUUAGAGAAAUUGACUGUCGAUUGUCAAAUUUCCAAUUGGAUGACGUUGGCAACAUUAUCUGGAUUGAAAACACUUUGUCUCUUGGAUAUCGACGUAGAGCAUUGGCCCCCUUUGGGGAAGCUGCUGUUGCUCGAAUCGUUAGAGAUAUCUGCCCCCAUAUCGAUAUAUUGUGCCCAUAGAGUGAAAAAGGUGGGUGUUGAAUUUUUGGGAAUAGAAGAAGAAUUCAACAACAACAAGAAGAUAGACGACGAGAAGGGAUCGACAUCAUCAUCUUCUUCUUCUUCGCUUGUCUUAUUCCCUAAUUUAAAGUCUCUCUCAUUUUAUCAUUUGAAAGAGUGGGAAGAAUGGGAUGGGAUUGGAGGAACACUGAGAGAAGAAGAAGCACAAGAAAGUGGUGUUACUAUCACUAUUAUGCCACGUCUUCAGGAAUUGCGAAUUUCGAGAUGCCCCAAGCUGAAGUCGCUGCCAGACUUCCUUCCUACAACUCCAUUGAAGACACUGCAUAUCCUUCGUAGUCCAAUUCUCAGUGAAUGUUGCAAAACAGAGAUAGGAGAUCAAUGGCCCAAGAUUUCUCACAUACCCAACAUCAGCAUUUAUGGAUGAACUGUGCGAAGAGAUGGUCGAUUGGGGCUCUGCAAGUCGCAUCCAUUCAAAUAAGGCCUUAUUAAACCAGAAAUCAAACGACAAGCAUAUUUUGUGCUGGAGAAAAUUUGCGCGUAUGGAUGCAUGUUUGUAAAACACCCACAAAAGAAAGGCUUGCAUUUUGUAUCGCAUACUGACAAAUGAAAGGUCAGCAAGGGUAAAGAGUUUGAAUCCAGAGGAGUGCAUGUGGUUUUCUUGUCCUUUAGAUUGAAGUGUUUCGUGCAAAUAAAGAGGGAGAGAGUGGGAUGUUAGCACUGGGAUAAGAGGGAAUAACUAGAUAGAGGUUUGUUGUUUGUUUGUCUGUAAAAGGCGAAGAGUAGUAGACUGGACCAGUUCAAAAAUUCCCCAAAUUCUGGAAUCAAGGUCAUUCAACUUUUUGUUUAAUAUGGGCACUUUGAUUAUAGGUCUCCUACAGAGGCUGAAGUGAUUCUUUACAUAGAAGAGUGCGAUGAAUAAGAGGUGACCACUGGUCAAGAAGAAAAAAUUACAAAUACCCUGGCUUUGUUAGUUGGAUGGAAAGAGUUGGAUACUCUUUUUUGGAGCAACAUUCAUGGAAUGGUGGAAGUGAAUAACAUUUUCUUAAUAGUCUAUUACAACUUCUUUGCUGCCUCAAUCUUAUCCUCACUCAACAAGUUUCCUCUAUGGUUAUGGUUUAUUUCCUUCAUGAUAUAGGGUGAACUCCAAACUAUGUGUCAUUUGGGAAAGCACCUCUUGCACAAGAGGGAAUGGUCAUGCAAAAGAUUUUGGCACCAUGAUUGGAACAUCUUGAGGGGUUAGUUGCAUCUCCAAAGCUGUCUGCAGAAUUCAGGAGCAGAGCAUGUUGCAAAAUUUGUACUUUCGUGGAGUAGAUGGGACUUGGAAAGAACUUCUGUGAUACUAAUAUGAGGUAAUGCAAUUUGAUUCAACACAAAUAUUGGUUUGUUGUACUGUGGAGGUGAAAUUGGGGCUCUGCAAGUCGCAUCCCUUCAGAUAAGUAAGGCUUGCAUUUUGUAUCACAUACUGACAAAUGAAAGGUCAGGAAGGUUCAAGAGUUUGAAUCCAGAGGAGUGCAUGUGGUUUUCUUGUCCUUUGGAUUGAAGUGUUUCAUGCAAAUAAAGAGGGAGAGAGUGGAAUGUUAGCACUGGGAUCAGAGGGAAUAAGUAGAUAAAAGUCUGUUGUUUGUUUGUCUGUUUAUGCCAUCCAUAGUUGGUUAAUUUUGGAAUGACAAAGUAAAAGGUGAAGAGUAGAAAAGUGGACCAGUCCAGAAAUUCCCCAAAUUCUGGAAUCAAGGCCGUUCAACUUUUGGUUUAAUAUGGGCACUUAGAUUAUAGUUCUCCUACAGAGGCUGAAGUGAUUCUUUACAUUGAAGAGUGCGAAGUAUAAGAGGUGACCACUGGUCAAGAAGAAAAAAUUACAAAUACCUUGGCUUUGUUAGUUGGAUACUCUUUUAUGGAGCAACAUUCGUGGAAGUGAAUAACAUUUUCUUAAUAGUCUAAUACAACUUCUUUGCUGCCUCAAUCUUAUCCUCACUCAACAAGUUUCCUCUAUGGUUAUGGUUUAUUUCCUUCAUGAUAUAGGGUGAACUCCAAACUAUGUGUCAUUUGGGAAAGCACAUCUUGCACAAGAGGGAAUGGCUAUGCAAAAGAUUUUGGCACCAUGAUUGGAACAUCUCGAGGGGUCAGUUGCAUCUCCAAAGCUGUCUGCAGAAUUCAGGAACAGAGCAUGUUGCAUAAUUUGUACUUUCGUGGAGUAGAUGGGACUUGGAAAGAACUUUUGUGAUAUUAAUAUGAGGAAACUAGAAGGCGUGCUCUCAAAGUUGUUAUGGAUGGACUUCCUAAAACCAUUGAUAAAGACAUAUUGGAAGUCCAGGACGCUUUGAAUAAUUUGUGGCCACAGAAAAAGGUCCUUGCUGUUUACAUACCGUAAACGAGACUCAUUAAGCCCAUGUUUGAAGUUGUAUGCAUAGAGAAUGGUGUUAUGCACUACAGUCUUAGCAUUGUCUGAUUUCUUCCUCUUAUCCACCUUAUUUUGAAGGUAUGUAUUUUGUUUUUCCCGUAUGAGGACCAACUAUAUUCUUGAAUGAACAGUGUUUUCUACUAGAUUCUUAUGACUUCUUUGGUCUUUACUGCCUCAAUCCCAUCAUGAGUUUCCUCAUUAAUUUUGGUUUAUUUCCUUCAUGAUACAGAUGAUUACAGAAUGCUAAAGAUAAAUGUACUUUGUAACUACUCCCUCUCCCUCCAUUUCUGGUUAAGGCAAAGUUCAGUUGGGAAUUGUGAUGUGUUUGGAUAAAACAUCCCAUGCAAGAGAGACCGGUGGACAAGAGAAGAUUGGACCAAGUAAAGAAAAAAAAAAUCCAAAUUUGUCAUCAGAAUGAGCAAAAAAUAUAGUUAGUAACAAUAAUUUCCAACCUAUUAAGGGUCAAGGAACACUUUGCCCUCAUUCUGGCCAGACAUCAUGCAAAAUGUUGCGUUCCCUUGGGCCUCAGACAUUGGGCCAGUCUAUUUGGUGACACAUAAAAAGCAACCGAGGCUAAAGUGUUCUGUGGCAUGCAUGGGAAGCAACCACCAGGUAGAAGAAGAUAUUACAAACAUCUUGGAACAACAUCCCAACUGGAAGAGUGUGGGCAUGGGAGGUAAUCACAAAAUUCAAGAAAUCUUUAUGUUCUUUUUCUCCCUCCUCUUUUGGUUGAGGCAAAGUGAACUUGAAACAAUGUUCCUCAUGGAAGAAAAUCUUGUGCCAGAGGGAAACGUCCUGCAAAAGUUGCACUUGCUUGGAGUAAAUGGAACUUGAAGAGGGACUCUAUGAUCUACGUGGUAAUGAAAUUCGGGUUGGCGCAAAUAUUGGCUUUCUUGUUGCAGAGGAAACUAAAAGGCGUGCAUUCAAAGAUAUUGUGGCUGGACCCCCAUAAAACAUUGAUAAUGGAACUCCGGUUACAGAGUCUUUUGGUUCUGACACUCACAUGGAUGAGGCCUAACAUGCUGUAUUGAUGCCCAUGUUUGAAGUUGUAAGCAUUGAGAAGGAUUUGCACGCUGCAGUGCAUAUUUUGAGAAAGGGACUUGAUGGGGCAUUUUGUCAUAUAAAUUUGCAAGCAAUGUUAUCCUGUGUAUUUGUGGCUAGAGAAUUCAAGUCCGAGUGUCCACAAAUUUUACAGUUAGCCACUUAUUUGCAUAUACGUGAAAUUGAAGGCCAUUAAGUACAGGCUAUGGUAUUGUGUAUCUCAUUCAACAUAUAGUCUUGAACAUUUGGUGAAGCACAUUUUAAAUUGGGAGUAAUUAAUAAGCAACGAUGUACCUCAGAAAGCCAUUUCUUACAUUCGGGUACAAGUACAGUUGAUUGAAAAAGCUCUACACAGUCAAAUGAUAGAGCUCCAAAUGGCAGAAUGGAAAGUCUCUAUGCUUGAUUUGUAGACACAACAGUGUUGAUUGAUGAAGCUCCAUUAACAUAUCAUAGGCGCAUCAAUGUAGCAUGUCAUGGAGUUGAAGAAACAAUAUUGUGAAGCAGUGGCACACCACACACCAAGAAAUUUAUGACCUGAGAACUCAGUUUUUCAAUUUCGAGUCUAGAAUUUGCAUCUAACAUUUACACAUAAAUCCAGAUUUUUGAACCUUUUGUGUGCUGUGACUUGCGUAUAGCCAUGAAGCUUUUGGGAGUAAGCAUUUUUUUUUUCCAUCAUCCUCCUUUGACAUGCAUGUGGUGCUACUCAUGGAAAUUUUUUUGUAAACUUGCUUUUCAUCUGGAUUGUUGGUGGUGUCCAAUAUGAUUGUGGUUUUACUGCGGUGAACUAUUUGAUGUUCAGCCCCUCGUGCUAUGAUUGGAAAUCAAGUAGGAGAUCAAAUGAAAUUAGCUUUGGUAUUUGGUGGGCGAUCAAUUCCAAGUAAAACUGGAACAUCACAAACCUCAGAUGCUAUCAGCUACAAUGUAUGUUUUAGAUGCCAUCAACUACAAUGCAUGUUUUAGGUGCCUUAUACUUGAGAUUAUAGAAGUGAGAUUGCUAUAUACUUCUAUCUGUAACUAUCUUCUCAAAGUAAUAAAUCCGCGUAACAUUUUCUU